GCGCAUGCGCACUUUCACUCUUGGGCUCCUCCCGUCCUCUGAGUUCAAACCGAAAGUAAACUCGGAGAGGAGAUGGUCUGGAAGAUCGCCAUUAAACCCAAAAUAAGAAGACUUGUGAAGCUAUAAAAACGGUCAUAAACAUCACAUUACACGCGAGGCAGCAAUCGGGACAGCUAUUAGCUAAUUGUGAGUUCAGCAUCACAGAUUGUUGUUGUGGUGCACCCGCAGACACGUACUAGAUGAACACGCCAAAACAAGACAUCACAAAGAGUGAAAUCCUGAAUGAAAAUCCUGUGUGACGUCAGUUUGUCAUUAUGGAGAACAGAGAGAGAUCUUCAUCUCCUGAUCUUCCUCUUAACCUCAGUGAUGAUCCAGUGACCUCUGACCCCAGGAUCUCAUGGAAGCUGAUAUCUUCAUCUCCGGAUCACAGCUGUGUGUCUCUGAAGAGUGAUGCAUCCAUGGGUCCUCCUCCUUUAUUCAGUGAUGAUCCAGUGACCUCUGACCCCAGGAUCUUCAUGAAGAGAUCUUCAUCUCCGGAUCACAGCUGUGUGUCUCUGAAGAGUAACGCAUCCAAGCUGUAUAAUCCUCCUGCAUUCAGUAAUGAUCCAGUGACCUCUGACCCCAGCAGAUCAGAUGGAGAGAGAAGCAUCUCUGGAGGAGUCUCCUCUGUUUUCUGUCUGAACAACACGAGCGUUACAGCGUCUCUGAAUAAACCUGAUCAAGCAGUGAAUGAUGAACUACAGAGAGUCAAAGAGCAGCACAAAACCAGCAUGAAGAACAAGUAUGAGAGAUUAUGUGAGGGACUGAAACUCCAGGAGAAUGAAAGCCUCCUGAACAGCAUCUACACACAGCUCUACAUCAUAGAGAGAGAGAGAGAAGGAGUGAAUGAAGAACAUGAGGUUUUACAGAUGGAGAAAACAGCCAGAACACAACACUCACAAGACGCUCCAAUCUACUGCAAUGACAUCUUUAAAGCCUCCGCUGAAGCAGGAUGUGAGGAGAAAGAGCAGAUCAAGACUGUUCUUACUAAAGGCAUCGCUGGAAUCGGAAAAACCGUCUCUGUGCAGAAGUUCAUUCUGGACUGGGCCGAGGGAAAAGCCAAUCAGGAUGUAGAUUUCAUGUUUGUGCUUCCAUUUCGAGAGCUGAACUUGAUCCGUGAUCAUCAGUACAGUCUACACAGACUUCUGCUGGACUUUCAUCCUGAACUUCAAGAUCUGGACUCACAGAUUUAUGAGGAGUGUAAAGUUGUGUUCAUCUUUGAUGGUCUGGAUGAAAGCAGAAUCACACUGAUGUUUUCAGACGCUCAGAAAGUUUGUGAUGUGACUGAGACUUCAUCAGUGGCUGUGUUGAUGUCAAAGCUGAUGAAAGGAGAGCUGCUUCCCUCUGCUCUCAUCUGGAUCACCUCCAGACCAGCAGCAGCCAAUCAGAUCCCCUCCAAAUACAUCCACCGUCUGACAGAAAUUCAGGGAUUCACUGAGCCUCAGAAGGAGGAAUAUUUCAGGAAGAGAAUCAGUGAUGAGCAUCAAGCCAGCAGAAUCAUCUCACACAUCAGAAGAGCAAGAAGCCUCCACAUCAUGUGCCACAUCCCCGUCUUCUGCUGGAUCUCAUCCACUGUGCUUCAGAAGCUCCUGGAAGAAGAUCUGAGUGCAGAAAUCCCUCAAACUCUGACUGAAAUGUACAUCCACUUCCUGCUGACUCAGAUCAACAUGAGGAAGCAGAAGUAUGAAGAGAGAGAUCCAGAGAAACUCCUGCCGUCCAACAGAGAAGUGAUUGUGAAACUUGCUGAAGUGGCUUUCAAACAGCUGAUGAAGGGCAAUGUGAUGUUCUAUGAAGAGGACCUGAUUGAGAGCGGCAUACACAUCACUGAUGCCUCAGUGUAUUCUGGGAUUUGCACUGAGAUCUUUAAGCAGGAAUCUGUGAUUCAUCAGAGGAAAGUCUACAGCUUCAUUCAUCUGAGCGUUCAGGAGUUUCUCGCUUCUUUUUAUGUGUUUUUCUGCUAUUUAAUGAAGAACAAAGAGCCAGUGGAUGAAUUCAGUUAUGAUCAAGUCUCUCUGUGUGAUCUGCUAACAUCAGCAGUAGAUAAAGCUGUGGAUAGUAAGAAUGGUCAUCUGGAUCUGUUCCUGCGGUUCCUGCUGGGCGUCUCACUGGAGUCCAAUCAGAGACUCUUACAGGAUCUAAUGACACACACAGAGAACAGCUCAGAGACCAUCAGAGAAACCACACUGUACAUUAAAAUGAAGAUCAGAAAUGAUGGUGUUAAUGAUUAUUUUAAACAUCCUCCUCUCUCAGUUGGUGAAUCCAUCAAUCUGUUUCUCUGUCUGCUGGAAGUGAAAGAUCAGACUCUGUUCAGAGAGAUUCAGGAGUUUGUGAAAUCAGACAAACACUCAGAGAAACUCUCUCCUGCUCAGUGCUCAACAAUCUCCUACAUGCUUCAGAUGUCAGAGGAGACACUGGAUGAACUGAACACCAAGAAAUACAACACAUCAGAUGAGGGGAGAAGAAGACUGAUACCAGCUGUGAUCAACUGCAGAAAAGCCCUAUUUUCUGGCUGUAAUCUCACUGCUCAGUGUUGUGAGAGUUUGUCUUCAGCUCUACAAUCCUCAAACUGUGUCCUGAGAGAGCUGGAUCUGAGUAACAAUCACCUGCAGGACUCUGGUGUAAAGAUUAUUUCUGAUGGACUGAAGAGUCAGAACUGUCAGCUGCAGAAACUGAGUCUUGCCGGCUGUAAUCUCACUGCUCAGUGUUGUGAGAGUUUGUCUUCAGCUCUACAAUCCUCAAACUGUGUCCUGAGAGAGCUGGAUCUGAGGAACAAUCACCUGUGGGACUCUGAUGUAAAGAUUAUUUCUGAUGGACUGAAGAGUCAGAACUGUCAGCUGCAGAAACUGAGUCUUGCCGGCUGUUAUCUCACUGCUCAGUGUUGUGAGAGUUUGUCAUCAGCUCUACAAUCCUCAAACUGUGUCCUGAGAGAGCUGGAUCUGAGGAACAAUCACCUGCAGGACUCUGGAGUAAAGAUUAUUUCUGAUGGACUGAAGAGUCAGAACUGUCAGCUGCAGAAACUGAGUCUUGCUGGCUGUAAACUCACUGGUCAGUGUUGUGAGAGUUUGUCAUCAGCUCUACAAUCCUCAAACUGUGUCCUGAGAGAGCUGGAUCUGAGUAACAAUCACCUGCAGGACUCUGGUGUAAAGAUUAUUUCUGAUGGACUGAAGACUCAGAACUGUCAGCUGCAGAUACUGCGGUUGUCUGACUGUAUGGUGUCAGAGGAAGGCUGUGGUUAUUUGUCUUCAGCUCUGAGUUCAAACCCCUCACACCUGAGAGAGCUGGAUCUGAGCUACAAUCACCCAGAACCAUCAGGAGUACAGCUGCUCAAUCACAAACUGGAGGAUCCAAACUAUACACUGGAGAAACUCAAUGUGGAUCAUGGAAGAGAGAUCAGGAUGAGAGCAGGACUACCAAAGUAUGCCUGUGAUCUCACACUGGAUCCAAACACAGCACACACUCAACUCGUUCUGUCUGAUGAGAACAAGAAGAUCACACAUGUGAGAGAUCCUCAGCUGUAUCCUGAUCAUCCUGAGAGAUUUGAUGAUGUUCUUCAGGUUCUGUGUGUUGAGAGUCUGACUGGACGCUGUUACUGGGAGACUGAAUGGAGCGGAUCUGCUGUUAUAUCAGUGUCAUAUAAAGGAAUCAACAGGAAAGGAUGGAGUGAUGACUGUGAGUUUGGAAACAAUGACAAAUCCUGGAGUCUGGAGUGCUUUUAUAACAGUUUCUCUGUCCGUCACAACAAUAACAGAACUGUUAUUCCUGCUGUCUAUCCAUCCUCUAAUAGAGUAGGAGUGUAUUCUAAUAGAGUAGGAGUGAUUUCUAAUAGAGUAGGAGUGUAUGUGGACGUGUCUGCUGGUGUUCUGUCCUUCUACAGCGUCUCUGACACACACACACUCACACACUUACACACACUCAACACCACAUUCACUGAACCCCUCUACGCUGGAUUUGGGGUUAAUCCUGAUUCCUCAGUGUCUCUGUGUGAUAUUAAAUGAUAGAGAGACUCUUUCUGAUCUUCACACAAACUCAUCAAAUCUCACAUCACUACAUUGCUAUUCAUUUUUAAUUAGUUUUUGAUCAUCAUACAGAAGUUAUGAAUCUAGAUCAGACUCAUACUGUUCUGAAUCUUGUAAACUGCUCAUCAAAUCUCACAUAAUUACAUUUCUAUUCAUCUUAAUUCGUUUUUUAUUGUCUUACAGAACUUUCUAUUGUAAACUGCUCA